AUGGCCCGUAUAAAAAGAAAGGGCACCACUGGUGCGGCCAAAAACUUCCUCACCAGAUCCAAGGCCGUCUCCAAGCUUCAGAUCUCUUUGGCCGAUUUCCGUCGUCUUUGUAUCUUCAAAGGUAUCUACCCAAGAGAGCCCAGACACAAGAAGAAGGCCAACAGGGGCUCUUCUGCUCCUACCACGUUCUACUACUCCAAGGAUAUCAAGUAUUUGAUGCAUGAGCCAGUUUUGGCCAAGUUCAGAGAGCACAAGACUUUUUCCAAGAAGUUGAGCAAAGCAUUGAACAAGAACGAGAUCGAUGAUGCCGACCGUAUGGAAAAGAACAGACCUCGUUAUACCUUGAACCAUAUCAUCCGUGAACGUUAUCCUACUUUUGUCGAUGCCUUGAGAGAUUUGGACGAUCCAUUGAACAUGUUGUUCUUGUUCGCCAACAUGCCUGCCACCGAUGAAAUCAGUCACCGUGUCACCAACGAGGCCGAGAAAUUGACCAACCACUGGCUUGCUUAUGUUGCCCGUGAACGUCUUAUCAAGAAGGUUUUCGUCUCCAUCAAGGGUGUCUACUACCUGGCCACCGUCAAGGGCCAAGAGGUCAGAUGGUUAGUUCCAUUCAAAUUCCCCACCAACAUUCCAUCCGAUGUGGAUUUCCGUAUCAUGUUGACUUUCUUGGAGCUUUACUCUACUUUGCUUCACUUUGUGUUGUUCAAGCUCUAUUCUGACGCCAACUUAGUCUACCCUCCACCAAUUGACACCGAAAAAUUGAAGAGCGUGGGCGGCUUGUCCUCUUACGUCUUGACGUCUAAGGACAAUGUCACUGGUGCCACCUUGAAGGAAAAGUCUGCACCACAAGUCUCUGGCGAGCAUGUCGAGGGCUCUACCUUGUCCAAUGAUGAAAUCAAGAAGGCAAUGGAAGCCGAUGCUCUACAAGCUGAUUCCGAAGCUCAGGAAAACGAGGAGCAAAAUGUUGAGACUGUUGAGCUCGACGAGUUUGCCGCCACCAACAAGACCGCUGGUGAUAUUCUCAGUCAACCCUCCCGCUUUGCUUCUCCAACUUCCACAUUGUUCUCCAACUUCACGUUUUUCGUUGGCAGAGAAGUCUCCAUGGACAUUUUGGAACUCUGUAUAUUAUCUGCUGGUGGUAAGGUUGUUUCUGAAAUUCUCUUAGAUGAGAUGAAGCUCAAGCAGCCAGAGCAAUUCAAGAAAUUGGACAUGUCCACCAUCACCCAUCAAAUUGUCGACAGACCUAAGAUCCUUAAUAAGGUCGCCGGUAGAACAUACAUUCAGCCACAAUGGAUUUUCGACAGCAUCAACAAAUCUGAGUUGCUUCCUGUUGGUGAAUAUGCUCCUGGUGAGACUUUGCCCCCUCACUUGUCUCCAUGGGGAGACAGAGGCAACUACAAUGCUGGUGCUCCAGCUGUUGCUGAGGAAGACGACGAAGAGUCUGAGGACGAGUCUGUCGAGGAGGCCGAGGAGAACGCCGAGGAAGAGGACGAGCAAAUCAAGGAGCAGAAGGAAUUGGAGAUGGAGGCCGCUGGUGUCAAGUAUUCUGAUGUCAAGGCAGAUGAGCCUAAGGCCAAGAAGUCCAAGAAGAGUCAGAAGGCUACCGAGGCCGAGGAGAAGGAAUUGAAGAAGAUCAUGAUGAGCAACAAGAACAAGAAGUUGUACGCCAGAUUGCAAGGCGAGGUCGACCAGCUGGACGAGAGAGUCAAGAACUUGACCAAGAAGAAAAAGCAGCUUGAGAAGGCCAAGAAGGAUUUGCUGAAGGUGCACAAAUAG